AUUUUAUUCAAUUUUAAUGAUACUAGUUCUUAUAGUAUUAGAUCAGCAAAAAGAUUAGAGUCACAAUGAAUGGUUCGAAUACUCCUUCCAGUCUCGUGGACGAAGUACUGACACUUUUGGGUGAAGGAGAUCGUCUCAUAGAAGGACAACCACGCCAUAAUCAGGUUAUAAUGUUUUUGGGCAAUACUGGUUCAGGGAAAAGCAGUUUGGCACAGUUUAUAGCCGGCGAUAAUUCAAAACUGAUUUCUAAAAGCGUAGAUGAAUUGGAUUUUAUCAUAGAAGAUUACGGUAACAAAAUUGGUAGUGGUACUACUUCGAAAACAUUGUUUCCUGAAAUAUUGAAAACCAAUGGACGAAUUUAUUACGAUUGUCCAGGCUUCGGCGAUACAAGAAAUGUCGCAAAAGAAAUUAGCAUAGCGUAUUUUAAUAAACAGAUCAUUGACCGUGUUAAAUCUGUUAAAUUAAUUUUUGUAGUCGGUUAUCCUUCAGUUAGAAAGGGCGUUGAUAGACAGGACUUUAGAAGAUUAGUUCAGCAUGUUUGCAAUUUUGUUUCUGAUAUAAACCGUUUUAAAAAUAGUAUUGCUCUCAUUGUUACUAAAGUGGACAACUUGUAUUCAAAAGGUAAACUUGCUAGUGAUGAAAUUAUAAUAAAUGGAAUUGCAAAAUUUAUAAAUGAGUAUCAAAAUGAAUUAAAAGUUAGUUUAAUAGAGGCUACUCCGGAUGAAAAGAUUAAAAUUAGAAAAUUUAUUGAUUUCACAAACAUAUUAUUAAUUAAAAAAGGGAAUGCCUUUUCGAGAAUUGCUUUAUUUAGGAGACCAGAUCGCGAAGGUCUGGUUUCUAAAAUUCAACCAAUGCAACAAAAUAAAAUUAAAAUUAUUGAUCUUAUUACGAAUAACGUUAGUUAUCAAUAUAAAAUUGAAGCAGAUUUCUUGUAUUCCUUAUCUGGAGAUGCACAAUUGCAUAUGCAAUAUAUAGUUAAAGAGGUUAACAAUAAAUUGUUACAAACGAUUCAAAUUAUUGGGGAAAAAAUUAUAUAUGUUUAUUCUGUUUAUGAAAAAGAAUCUAUUGAUAUUUUUAUUAACCUUAAUUUUUACAAAACUGCUCUUUCACAAUUGUCUGAUCUUAAAUCUACCCAAAAUUUAGAUAGCUUUAUUUUUAAAUUAAUUACAUUUCUGAAAACAAAUAAUCUUAAUAUAAAUUCCUUAUUUUUAACUGAUUUGUUUAAGUGGAAGUCAAAAUUAGUGUUUUUUCAAAAAUUUAUAACUACGCCUAACCUGGAUAAUCCACAAUGGCAUAACGCUUUGAAAGUCUUAAUUGAUUAUCUCAGUAAUAAAGUUCAAAAUUAUCUCUACUUUAAUGGUUUAUAUAAUAAAUUAUCUGAAUAUUCAAUCGAAUAUCCAAACAUAACAUGUUUUCCAGAUCCUAAUUAUUAUUCGGACACUCCCCGCCAUGUUGACGAGGUGACUAAAAAAUCACUUCAACCUCUCAGUUUAAGUAAUCCUAGUAUUAGUGAUUUAAAACUAGACAUGACAAAUAUGCAAAUAUUAUGUAAUUUAUUAGACACUCUUAAACCCUUAGAAAUUAUUAAUAAUGAAAAAUCAAAUUGUACAGUCGUACGGGGCCACAAUAUUAAAUUAAGCGAAGUAAAAUACGACAAAUCAAAACCGCUGUGCUUAUAUUCAAUGAAUGUCAUUUAUAUUGACCAAGAUUUGAAGUGGCCAAGUGGAACGGUGUAUUUAUUUUCACCUCAAUGCAAAAUUAUAGGUAACCGUACAAUAAAUUUAGAUGGAUUAGAUGGAAAUUUUGGGGGAACUAGACAGCCACAAGAAUUUACAUCAACACCUGGUGCUCAUGGAAAACCAGGACGACCAGGCAGAACUGGCCAAACUGGCGGGUUAUUUUUUGGAUUCUCUCAGUCAUCUGGCGGAAAUCUUGUCAUAUCGGCUAAUGGCGGUAAAGGUGAAAAUGGAGAAAACGGCCAAAAGGGUAAUCCGGGUUAUCAUGGAAAACCCAAAGUUUUCAGGGACAGUAAUGAAGGAAAUAUUCAAAAAGGUACCUUGGGCCAACCAGGGGGAAACGGAGGUGAUGGAGGUGCAGGUGGUUACUCAGGAUUAAUAGGGUACAUUGAUAUGUGUCCUUUACAAAAUAAUAUUGUAAUAAAAAGGAAAGUUACCAAAGGUGGUGAUAAUGGUAUAGGUGGAAAAGGUGGGCUGGGGGGUUCACAUGGAUAUGAAAUAAUGGUUACACGUGAAGACGAAAUUACUUUUCUUGUUGCUCGUAAACCAUCACCAGAAAGCAGUAAAAACGGGACAAAUGGAAUCAGUGGCGUUAAUACUAUCGGCUUGAUUAAUCCGAAACCAACACCUCAGGUAAAAAUAAGUCAUUUACAUAACUACAAAAAAUAUUUGCUUAAUAAUUUAAAUAACCCUAUUUAUACCAAAAUAAAUGACUUUUUAAUUUUAAUAGAGCAAAGCAACUGUUGGUUUAAGAAUUAUAAUAUAUCUGAUUUAAUAACAGACUUUUAUAUCUUAGAUGCUCAAUCAUAUAUAAUAAAAAAACAUUUACUGCUUUUACCUUUUAUGGAAUCACUGUUGAAUAAAACCGGGAAUUCCUUAAAAAAUGUAAAAAGUAAUGCCCAUAAAGAGCUAUUGCAAUAUUUAUAUGCAUCUAUUUAUAGUAAAAUUUGGAGUACUAAAAAUAAUUUAAAUCGUAAUUUGGUGAUCGAUGUUCAAAAGUUCCUCCAAAUUAUAACUAGAAAUAUCAAUGACAUGAAAACACAACGAAACAAACAAAUUGUGGAACAAUAUAAAAAAGAUUUUGAAUCAGAACUAAAGACAAAAAUUAAACAAGGUGAAAAAUUAAUCGAAUUAAAUAUCGUUAGUAUAGUAAACAAAAUCGCUAAGAAGAUAGAUAUUCACAUAAAUAGCUUGCUACAAGAAAUUGUACAAUUAAAAAAAGAAGCAAAAGCUAAAAGUGCGCUAUUAAAAAAGAAAGAAAAGGAAUUGAAAGAAAAUAUAAAAUUGAAGGAAAUAUUUGGAGGAUUACAAGUGGUUACAACGACCUUAGGCUUUUUUGGUCCAGUUGGUACUGUUGUUGGAGAUAUGCUAUCCGCUGGAUUUGGGGCAGCUUCUGCGUCAAUUGAUACGACAAUUCCCUCUACAGAACUUCCAAAACUUCCUGAAGGUGUACAAUUUUCCAUUUCCAAUCAAGCAAGUCAAACAAAGGAAAUUUUGCGGAUGGUACUAGAGGAUGCACUAAAUUUAUUGAAGAAUGAAGAAAAUCAUCCAGUUUUUAAAAAAAUUGAAAGUGUUAAAAAUAAAGUGGAUACAGUGGAUAUUUUGGAUGCAGAAUCCAUAAGAAUCCUUCAUAUACUGAAACUAGAAGUUGAUGAAAUAAAUAAUGUUUUUGAAUUGGAAGAUAUAUACGCAAUUAACAUUAAUUUUACUGAAAAAUAUGCUAGACCUAUAAAAACGAUUUUAUCUAUGGUAUCUGUGCCACUUAAUGUGUACCAAAAUGUUAAAAAUGAUGAAGAGAAAAUUAAUUAUUUGAGUGAAUCGGUAAACGGUCUUGGUGAUUAUACCAAAAAAUUAGAUGAAUACCAAGAAGGCAUAAUUAACACUCUUGUUCCUGUUAUGGCAUCUAUUCAAAGUAAUGUAAUUGAAAAGGUUUAUAAAAAAAAUGGAGGUAACCAAACUCAUGUUGAUCUUGAUAUUCAGAAAUGGAAGAUUAAAAGUUCACUUUCAGAUGCAAAAAAAUAUAUUACGGAUAUGACAAAGGGAUUUCACGCAAAUGAAGAUUUAACAAAUUCUGUUGACAAAAUACAAGAAGGACUUUCAGUCAUGAUAGACAUUUACAAUAGGAUACAAAGUUACUAUGAGCAAAAUAGGUUAGUAAAAUAUAUACAUGAUUUAAGUACGUUUCGUGUAGAGACACACGACUUUAACGAAAACAUAGCUCGCUUGGACUAUUCAAUUAAAGCCAAUUUAGUUAUGAACCAAUAUAACAAUGCCAAAAUGUCAUUUUAUCAAUGUAAGUUCCCAUUUCAGAUGAGUUCAGCUUUUGAUUUGAAAAUUCUGGAUUCAAAAAAUAUUACAGCUAUAAUAAAUACUGCACAAGAUAAGGUUGAAGAUAUGGAAGCAGAAAUAAUAAAAUCUUCCACUCUUAUUUUACCUAAUGAUAAAUAUAUUCAUAUACUCGAUUUUACCUUUGAUAAUAAACAUGCACCACCUUUCUUUGUAUGGGACGCAAAUUCAUAUCCUAAUAGUAUUAGUGACUUAUUAAGUGGUGAACAAGUUACACUUUUAGCUAAUGUCAAAAAAGGAUUUAAUGGAAAUGCAGUUAAAUUUAAAGAAGUCGGUAUUAAAUUUAAAUUAUUAAAUAAAAAAUUACAAAAACAAUUUGAACAUACUUUAAAAAAUUUUGAAAUUGAAUUAACACAUUUGGGAAAUUCAUAUUACAAAUGCGGGGAAAAUGUAUACAGCAUUAAACACGGAAGUCAGGUCAUCAAGUAUAGUUAUGAACGCAAAGACUCGGGGCAACCUAAAAAGGCAAAUUUAGUUUACAAAAAAUUGUUAGAGCAUGAUUAUAUUUUGAGUCCAUACGCUCUGUGGACUAUUAAACUUAUAUCCACAACAGACAAUUUUUAUAAACUAAGGAAUUAUACGAAUUCUGUAGUCAAAUUGGGAUUGGUGGGUAAGGGUCAAUAUGUGGAUAAUUUGUAUGAGUGUCAGUAUGAUUAUUUAGAUGAUCACUUUGAAAAAGCUGGAUCAAAACUGCUGGAGAUUCCUACAGAAACGAGUCCAAAUAAAAACAAACGUUCCAUUUAUGUAGAACCAGCAAAAUCAUCGGCAAAUAGUGUUUAUAAAUCAUCAUUAAUAAAUAAUGGCGUCAAUUUAAUUAUGUCCGGAGUAACUGCAAUAAAUAUAUUUAAUCCUUUCCAUUGGUUAAAUAAUAACUCUGAUCCCAACCAACAAUAUCCACUUUUGUUACUUCAGAAUGAAAUAGAAAAUGUUAAAAACGAUGUACCAAAAUUUGAAUCGUUAGAUUGUGACUCUGUGUAUUCGAUGAAUAAAUAUUAUUUGUCACAUGUUCAUGAAAAUUUAUUAUUAGCCGAUUUAAUUAUACGAAAAAAAUGUAAUAGCAAAACAAAACCUCAUAAAAUCAGAAACAAUUGUAUCUUUGAUAAGAAAUACGCACAAAAUCUUGCUUAUCGAGGUCACAAACAUUGAUUAUAGCAAAGAGAUGAUAUUAUUGAGUGUCAAUGUAUGUUUGUUUAAUUUCGUUAUUGUUAACAUGAUUAAAUAAGUUUAAUAU